AGAGUAGAAGCUUUGCAACUCUAGCAAAGGAUUUUGAGAAGUAAAGGAGAAAGAAAGAAAUGGCUUCCUCAAUUCUUUCCUCCGCUAUCGUUGCCCCCGUUAACCGGGCUACCCCGGCUCAAGCCAGCAUGGUCGCACCAUUCACUGGCCUCAAGUCUAACGCAGCCUUCCCAGUCACCCAAAAGACCAACAAUGACAUCACCUCUCUUGCAAGCAAUGGUGGACGAGUGCAAUGCAUGCAGGUGUGGCCUCCACUUGGAAAAAAGAAGUAUGAGACUCUUUCCUACCUUCCACCACUUACUGAUGAACAAUUGUCUAAGGAAAUAGACUACCUUCUUCGCUCGGGAUGGGUUCCUUGCUUAGAAUUUGAGUUGGAGCACCCCUUUGUGUACCGUGAGAACAACAGGUCACCAGGGUACUAUGAUGGACGCACCUGGGUGAUGUGGAAGCUUCCCAUGUUUGGAUGCACCGAUUCCUCUCAGGUGAUGAGGGAGCUUCAGGAGGUCAAGAAGGAAUACCCCAGUGCCUUUGUCCGAAUCAUUGGAUUCGACAACAAGCGUCAAGUGCAGUGCAUCAGUUUCAUUGCUUACAAGCCUCCUGGCUACUAAGAUGUUUAUUAUCAUUCUCUAAAUGUACCCUUUUUGAGGGUCGGUUUGUUUAAAUUGUAUUUUUAGGCUUUCAAAAGACAUUUCUGUUUCAUUUUCGAGACAAUUCGCUCUGUUUUGAAUUUGUGUUUUUCAGAUUUCCCAUGGAAUGGAUGAGAACUGAUUAAUAAAAUUGGCUAGUUUCUUGCCAAUUCCAUGGAGGAACUCUUGCUAUCAAGUUAAACUUAUGUCUGUGACUGAAA